AUGGAACCAGAGGUGACCGUCAACAGGACGUACACUGUUAAUGACAUGCAUCCCUGCUAUAAGUCAGACAAUACAACUUAUAAAUUUACAAGCAAUCUGUCUGUAAUAUGUGUAUUAUUAUAUAUUUUCCUUGGCUUAUUGUCUGUUGUCACAGUUGUUGGAAACCUUCUUGUAAUAAUCUCUAUUAUCUAUUUCAAACAGCUCCACACUCCUACAAACUUUCUCAUCCUCUCUCUGGCUGUGGCUGACCUGCUUGUAGGUGUUUUAGUUUUUCCUUUCAGCAUGGCAUUCACUGUUACCUCCUGUUGGUAUCAUGAGGGUUUAUUCUACAGAUAUUAUGCGGUAUGUCAGCCUCUGGUUUAUAAAACCAAAAUAACUGAUCGAGUCAUUGGGAUUAUGAUCCUGGUGAGCUGGGGACUUGCUGCUCUUAUUGGCAUUGGUAUAAUAAUUGCAGGAUUUAAUCAAGGAAAAUGUGAAGAAAGUUGCUUGAUUGAUGCUCUAAUAUCAACAACUCUGGCAUGUAUUUUUUCCUUUUACAUCCCAGUGAUCAUAAUGCUCUGUAUCUACCUAAAGAUUUUCCUUGUGGCACAGAGACAGGCACGCAGCAUCCAGAACACAAAGUCUGGAGCAACUGUCAGUAAGAUGGAGAGAAAGGCCACCAAAACUCUGGCUAUUGUUUUAGGAGUUUUUCUCCUAUGUUGGAGCCCUUACUUUUUCU